AUGAAUAACGCUAGUCGAAACCGUAAUCAUCCUGAUCAUCAGCUUGAACAGCAAAUACUAAAAACCGAUUUAUGUCAUUCUGUAAUCAACGAUAUACAGGAACUUGUGGUCCAUUACGCUGCAGAUUUUGACUUGGAUUUCUUACCGACUAGCAGUGAUUAUAGCAGACCCAAUGUUCCAUUACUAGACGCAAUAUCAGAAUUAUUCAACAAAAUUAGACUAUUAUUCAAAAAGAGCAACAUUGAUUUUGAUAAUCACUGGAAUUGGAUCGUACCAUGGAGACAGGCAAUUUGUUUUGAAAGUUUGUCUGAGCUUGCUAAUGAUGAUGUUAAAACGUUGAUCACAUCAUUUCAUCCAAAAAGUCAUAACGCUCUGGUCGCUAUAUUUGAUCAUGGUUUAGAGGGAUAUAUGCGCUGGUAUCCAUGGCGUUGGUUUUCGGAUCUUGUCUUUUUGGGAGCAGGUGGAUUUUCUGCGGUCUACGGUGCUGAUGUGACACUACCUUACGAUGCUCCAGAGAAGGGUAAACGAUUUGGAACACAACGCAGAGCUGUUGCUCUGAAAAUUGUAGAUGACAAGAUAUUGAACGAAAUUACUGUACAAUCAAAGGCGUUUGUUGCUCUUUUGUUUCAUGGAAUGACUGUAUGUGAAAGCACUGGUGAUCUGAUGAUGAUUUUGACAUUGGCUGAAGAGGGCAAUUUGAAUCGACAGAUUCAGAAAGCUCACAAGACGAGCUUUGCAAAAAUUGCGGAUAUUGUUACGCGACUUGCGUUCAACCUUGCGAGUCUUCAUGACGAUAUUGGCAUGUGUCAUCGCAAUAUUCAUUCAGAAAACAUUUUGUGUGUUGAUGAGGAUUACUUUUUGGUGGAUUUCAGAUUCUCUACAUCAGCAAAUGAAGCGUCCGAUGUAACAAAACAAUCGCAAGUUCACUACGGUCGUGUGCCAUACAUUGCGCCAGAAGUGAAGAAUGGCUUAUAUACUGAAAAAUCAGACGUCUACAGCCUUGGUAUUAUAAUGUGGCAAUUAGUAUCAGGUGUCAUAUUUCCAUCGCCAGAAAUCAUUGCAAACAACCCAGAUCUAUACAGAAUUGAAUGGGUGCCAGGUGUAUCUAGGUGGUAUCAAGAGGUCACCAUGGCUUGUUUAGAACCGUUUCCAGAGAAUAGACCUACAGCAGAAGAGAUUGGAUUAAUCAUGCGAAAAAUUGCAUCAACAACAAGUAAAACAGCAAUUGCUGAUGAAGGUUGGAGGGCUUAUGUGAAUAGUAGACGUCAAAAAUGUAGUGUACACAUGCAACAUUUUGUGUCGGAAGGUCCUUCCACUGCCUCUCGUGUAUAUACCCUUAGUGAAUUCUCACAAACUAGCGACCUUUUACUCAAAAAUGUGCCGUUUCAUUAUCGUUUGUUUGAUGCUGACAGCAUUGCGUUUAGUAUCGAGUCAAAUAAAUAG